CGAACCCGGAAGUGCUCGCAGCCCGACUCACGCCGCUGUGUCCAGGCAGAGUGACUGUGGGACAUGGAGCGCGUCAUGGGAGGAGGACUUCAGCUGCUUUUAUUCGGUGCGGGGAUCUUGUUGCUUUAUCGAAUACUUGUCCGCCUCAGACCAGGAGCGGCCCUGCAGGACGCCGUGGUGGUCAUCACAGGGGCCAGCUCUGGCCUCGGGAAAGAGUGUGCUCGGGUCUUUCACGCUGCAGGCGCACGGCUGGUGCUGUGUGGACGAGAUGCAGGCCGCCUGCAGCAGGUGGUCCAGGAGCUCACAGCGAGUUCAACAAGCUCAGGACCACAGACUUACACUCCCUGCACCGUCACCUUCGACUUGUCUGACACCGCCACAGUGGACGGAGCUGCGGAGGAGAUCCUGAAGUGUUACGGGCAUGUGGACGUCCUCAUCAAUAACGCUGGAAUCAGUUACCGCGGCAACAUACUGGACACCCACCUUUCAGUUCAGCGGGAUGUCAUGGAAACAAAUUACUUUGGGACCAUUGCUCUUACUCAAGCUCUUCUGCCCUCCAUGGUUCAUCGCCGCAGUGGUCACAUCGUUGUCAUCAGCAGCGUCCAGGGCAAAAUAGCCAUUCCUUUCAGAUCCGCCUAUGCCGCCUCAAAGCACGCCACCCAGGCCUACUUUGACUGCUUACGGGCCGAGAUCGAGCACUACGGGAUUCCAGUGACCGUGGUCAGUCCCGGGUACAUCCGGACCAGCCUGUCGGUCAACGCUGUCACAGGAGACGGCUCCAAGUACGGAGUUUUGGAUAAAACCACAGCGGCGGGUCGUGACCCCAGAGACGUGGCUCAGGCGGUCCUGAAGGCCGUCCGUCAGAAGAGCAAAGACGUCGUUCUCGCCGGACCUCAGCCCAAUCUGGCCAUUUACCUCCGCGCCAUGUGGCCCGCACUCUUCUUCAAACUCAUGUCCUCUCGCGCUCGCAAGGAGCGGAGGCCGAAAGACGAGUGAAGCUGCAGCAGGUGAAGACCGCGAGGCUCACGGACCAAAACAUGAACGCGGCGGCUUCACGCGGACGCCAAAUGAGCAAGAGGUGUGGACAGAUAGCAGCUUACACAAAUAAACCAUCUUUCAUUGAUUUUACACCUGUGAUUGACCAGACUUUGUCCUCGAAGUCUAAAAGUGGAAUGUCUCCCAUUGACAUAAAGAUGUCAGCAUGUGAUGCUGAUUUUCAAAUUGACUCGGUUAACAAAUAAAAAGCUAAAUUUGUUCCCUUUUUGCAGCAAUAUUGAUGUUAAUCAAGUGUAAUGAUGUCAGGUCUUCAGCUGUUAUCCUAAAAGCCUUCAGUGUCACAUUUUGAAGAUGGAAAGCGAGAACAGAUGAGAUGUAAUUCGUCGUCACGGUGAGCAGCAGAAACAAGUUUAUGAGAACAACUUAAGUAUUGUUUAUGUUUUGCAGAGGAUUUAUCCACAGCAGUUGCAGAUGGAAAAGAGAAAAUCACUUUUUGACAACGAUCUCAUAUGGAUACACGGUCCAGCAGCUUGCGUGUUGUUUUUCGGUCACAUGUACUGUACUCCACUGGAAAUGAUUAUCAAAACAAAUGAUUUUAAUACGCGUGGAGGAAGGAAAUCCCGCAGGAAGAAGAGUUUGUUGUGGUCUGUUUAAUUUCCUGUUUGGGUCGAGCGGUUUUUAACCAGUUUUAUCGCUUUAUUUCAGUCCAGGUGAGGCUCAUCACAACACCCCUGUACAGUUUCACUGGAAUUGUGUCUCUACACCUGUUGUUCACAUACACCUGUUCAUAUAUCUUUCAUCCCUGUUUUUUAUAUUUUAUUUUUUAUUCUUGUGUGUUUAGUUUAUUGGUGCUGCUACUGCUACGACAAAUUUCCCCUUGGGGAUUAAUAAAGUAUAUAUCUAUCUAUCUGCAGCAGGAAAUAAAAUGUUGACAUGUUUACAUUUACAACUAUGAAACGGUCAUACAUAUCUCUGUUCAGUGUAUUCUUAAUUAAAUGAGCCGAUUCGUU